UUUAUAUUUACCUUACAGAUAGUUGUAUUUUGAGUCUUUCAGCCCAUUUGAUGAUUUCCUUUUGUAUGAACAGUUGGUCCUGGUGGAAGUCCAGACGAGAAUGGUGAAACUACGAUUGAUGCUAUGAUUAUGAAUGGGGUAUCAAUGGAAGUUGGAUCUGUUGCUGCUAUGAGAUAUGUUGCCAAUGGCAUUAAAGCCGCAAAAUUAGUAAUGGAGCACACUGAACACACGAUGCUCGUGGGUGAGAAAGCAUCUGUGUUUGCUGUCUCGAUGGGCCUUCCGGGCCCCACAAACCUAAGCUCUCAAGAAUCUGUUGAAAACUGGAUGAAGUGGAGAAAGAGCAAGUGCCAGCCGAACUUUAGGAAAAAUGUUGUGCCAGUUGAAGAUUGCGGUCCCUACAAACCAAAGGGUGGUUUGAUGGGUUUUGGUGAGGGAACUUGCUCGAAUACAAAAAGAGACGGUCUCGAUAAAUGUGGGCUGUAUGUUGUUGAUAGCCAUAACCAUGAUACAAUAUCAAUGGCUGUUAUUGAUAAGAUGGGAUGCAUAGCUGUUGGUACCUCAACUAAUGGGGCCACUUUCAAAAUUCCCGGCAGGGUUGGAGAUGGAGCUAUUGCUGGAUCCUCUGCAUAUGCUGAUGCAGAAGCUUGUGAUAUCCUCCUCAAGAGUGAAAAUGUGUAUUUUAAUUGGGUUUAUUCAUUUGUUUCCAGUUAUCAAGUUGUGGAGAGCAUGAGAUUGGGCAUGGAACCCAAGCCUGCUGCCAAGGAUGCCAUUGCUAGAAUUGCAAGAAAGUACCCAAAUUUUGUGGGAGCUGUUUUUGCUGUCGAUAAAAACGGGUCCCACGCGGGCGCUUGCCAUGGUUGGACUUUUCAGUACUCUGUUAGAGGACCUGAUACAGAUGAUGUCAUGGUCUACACCGUCAACCCAUAA